UAGCGUGCCGCCGCUUGCAUCUUUACUAUGUCGCGGGCACGCUGCCACCUGCGCGCGGCUCUCUUCCUGGCAGCGGUUUCUUCGCGUGGUGCAACAACCGGGGUCGCAGCGAGGCGAGUACUGAGCGCGUGGCCUGCGCCGCAGGAGCCCGGCAUGGAGUAUCAGGAUGCUGUGCGCACACUCAACACCCUGCAGACCAAUGCCAACUACCUGGAGCAGGUGAAGCGCCAGCGGGGUGACCCCCAGACACAACUGGAAGCCAUGAGGCUGUACUUGGCACGGAGUGGGCUGCAGGUGGAGGACUUGGACCAACUGAACAUCAUCCACAUCACAGGGACCAAGGGGAAGGGCUCCACCUGUGCCUUCACUGAACGUAUCCUCCGAAGCUAUGGCCUGAAGACGGGAUUCUUUAGCUCUCCCCACCUGGUGCAGGUGCGUGAGCGGAUCCGAAUCAAUGGGCAGCCCAUAAGCCCCGAGCUCUUCACUAAGCACUUCUGGCGCCUCUACCACCGGCUGGAGGAGACCAAGGAUGACAGCAGCUGUGUCUCCAUGCCUGGCUACUUCCGCUUCCUCACACUCAUGGCCUUCCAUGUCUUCCUCCAAGAGAAGGUGGACCUGGCAGUGAUGGAAGUGGGCAUCGGCGGGGCUUACGACUGCACCAACAUCGUCAAGAAGCCUGUGGUGUGUGGGGUCUCCUCUCUUGGCAUCGACCACACUGGCCUUCUGGGGGACACGAUGGAGAAGAUCGCAUGGCAGAAAGGGGGCAUUUUUAAGUGUGGUGUCCCCGCCUUCACCGUGCUCCAGCCUGACGGGCCCCUGGCAGUGCUGAGGGACCGUGCUCAGCAGAUCUCAUGUCCCCUCUACCUGUGCCCACCGCUAGAAGCCCUGGAGGAAGGGGGGCCACUGCUGACCCUGGGCCUAGAGGGGGAGCACCAGCAGUCCAAUGCCGCCUUGGCCCUGCAGCUGGCUCGCUGCUGGCUGCAGCAAAAGGGCUACCAGGAUACUGGAGAGCUGAAGGCAUCCAGGCCAAGCCUCCUGGGGCAGCUGCCCCUGGCACCUGUGUUCCAGCCCACGUCCCACAUGCAGCGUGGGCUUCGGGACACGGAGUGGCCGGGCCGGACGCAGUUGCUGCGGCGGGGCCCCCUCACUUGGUACCUGGACGGCGCGCACACCACCAGCAGCAUGCAGGCCUGCGUGCGCUGGUUCCGCCAGGCGCUGCAUAGCCGCGAGAGGCCGGGCGGCGGGUCUGAGGUGCGUGUCUUGCUCUUCAACUCCACUGGGGACCGGGAUUCCGCGGCCCUGCUGAAGCUGCUGCAGCCCUGCCAGUUUGACUAUACUAUUUUCUGCCCUAACCUGACAGAGGUGUCAUCCACGGACAACGCAGACCAACAGAACUUCACAGUGACCCUGGACCAGGUGCUGCUCCGCUGUCUUGCGCACCAGCAACACUGGAGCCGCCUGCACGAGGACCAGGCCAGCCCAGAGCCUGGUGGGCCUGCACCCCUGCUGCUGGCACCCCGCCCAGCCCACACCCACACCACCAGCUCCCUCGUCUUCAGCUGCAUCUCCCACGCCUUGCAGUGGAUCAGCCAAGGCCGGGACCCUGUCUUUCAGCCACCCAGUCCCCCACGGGUCCUCUUUGCCCACCCUGUGGCAGGCAGUGGGGCCAUCGUCCUCCAGGAGGCUGCUGCCAUCCACGUGCUGGUCACAGGCAGCCUGCACCUGGUGGGCGGCGUGCUGAAGCUGCUGGAGCCCUCCCUGUCCCAGUAGCCAAGGCAGUGGGGUUGGAGGUGGGGUUCCCCCACACCUGCCCUGCAUUUCGCCAUGAACUAAAUUAACGUGCUUUUCGUGCCUUCCUGAUUCUGUCUAGACUGGCCCCAGGGACUUGGGCUCUGGGCAGUGAAAUAGAGGGCUGGGGGCAGGAAGCUGAGAUCUGUCUCUGAGCCUCAGGUGCCCUUGGCCUCUCCUUCCUAGUUCUCUGGCUGUUGUAGUAGACCUGACCCUCCAGCCCCCCUCCCCUCCCACCCUGUCUGCUUCCUGCCUCAGGCGCAGCUUAUCGUGUAAGCUGCCUGACCUAGCCUGGGGUCCUGCCGGAUACUGGCUGCUGGUUGAUAGAUUUCCUCCUCCCGGUGGCCUUCUGGGAGAGGAGAGGGUCCUUGCCUGGGGCCCCCUGGGGGCAGAGGGUGGCUGGAGUGAUUUA